AGUACAUUCCUCGAGAUCAUAAAAAAUACAUUUCAUGAAGUGUUUAAUUUUGCCGUGUUUGAAUGUAAGCAAUCUGCCAAGUUGUAAAUCCGAAGGUGAACGAAUAACAAAGUUAUUAUCUUAUAAAAAAGGUAAUCGACUCUGAAUCACGCGAACAAGCCAUGACCUGUCCGAAUCUUUAACCACAAUGUACCUACGUCACUAGAAAAAUCCCCGCCUACUGACUGCGAAAACUUAACUCUCUCCUCCCCAAACACUGUACUAGCUCGUUCGUGACGUGUGCAUCAUGUCUAAGAGAAGCUGUGUUCUAUGUAGUGAAACUAAGUCAGUCUUAUUUUCACUACCAAAGGAAGAACUUCUGAGGAAAAAAUGGUUACUAUUUAUUUUUCAAACGACACCAAAGGAGUAUAAACCGAACGUUUUACUUUGCGCGCGUCAUUUUACCGAAGAUUGCUUCAUCAAUCUUGGCGCCUUUACUGCAGGAUACAUUAAACGUCUUUCCUUAAAAUAUGUUGCAAUACCAACUUUAUUUGGACCUGUAAGCUCCACCGAAUCACAACCUGUAAGUGUGACUCUUUAUUUUUGUCUUUACAUAAAAUUAAAUUUGUGUGACGUUAUCUCAUGUCUGUGUUUAGCUAACGUUACCGUUAUUUUUGGGGUUGUUACUGUUUGUUUACCUAACGUUAGCUAUAAACUCGUUGCGCUAAUGUAAGUGUUCAACCAUAUUAACUCGCAAAGUCUUUAUUUCAAGAACUGCGUGGUGUACUAUAGUUAUAAUAACAUCUGAAGAUACGAACACCGUACACUGUAUGCCGUGAUAACUAACUGUUACAAGAGAAGUGUCUAAAACAGUCCUUUUUCUUACUGGCAUCUGUAUAAGGAUUAAAGAAUGAUUCGUCAGACUCGGGCUCGAACUGGUAAGGUAAAAUCGACGCCAUCUCUCUCUAUACACUUUUAAUAUCCAACCACCUGCAAACCGUAAUACAGCAGUAAUGAUAGGCGGUCCAUUUGCGACACAUGCUGAACGCGUUUGACCAAUCACAGCAGACUAGACCAUCUGACCAAUCACAGCAGACUACACUAUCUGACCAAUCAGAUCAGACUACGCUGGCGGAAAGGCGGAGAUUACACAGAUGAAUCGCGGAACGAAUCAUUUGAGAGUCAGUCAAGAAGUAAGGAAAAGGCUAACAGAAAUGAUCAAAUGUGACGUCUGAAAUGAAAAUCUAUUAUUUUGAAAGAUUUCUUUUUAAAAACUGGACGAAUAUCAGCUAGGUGGACUAUCAUACAAACCAAGACAACUUGGUAGCUUACUUGCUAAGCUGACGAAUACACCUGAAUUUACCAAUUGGUCUAACUGAUCACGACCAUUUGAAAAGGAACCGGGAAAAACAUGGGGUCUGCUGCACACACACUGUGUGUGCUGCUGUGUUUUUGGGUCUCGGGAUCAUGCCUUACACUCCAGACUGAAGGCAUGUGUACUGUCGACAGAGAGACGGUUGCAUUUGACUGCAGUAAGAAAAGGCUCACAUCAGUACCACAUGAGCACAUCUGGAGGAAUGUGACUAAGUUGGAUCUUUCUGACAAUGUCUUAGACCUAACCCAUACAGACUCCUUCAAGCCGUUAAACCUCUUCAGCCAGCUGAUCACACUGAAUCUAUCAGGCAACUAUCUCCCCCUACUGUUUAAAGACCAUCUUUUCAGCCUCCCUUCUCUCAAAAUCCUGGACCUAAGUAGGUGUGAGCUGACAGAAGUGGAGACAAGCGCUCUGAUUAGACUCCCCAGUUUACAGACGCUCUUCCUAGGGAACAAUCAGUUGCAAGGCCCCCUGUUAACCGCAGCUCAAGAGAUGAGAAAAACAGAGCGCAUGGAUCACCAUGACUACAAUAAUGGAUAUUCCAAGAACGUUAACCGUGGAAUCUUCCUGCGUAAACUACUGGAGGACAACCAAAAUACCCUUCCAAAUCCUGUAAAUGACCUUCAAAAUGGCAAUAGGACAUAUGAUGGUUCAAAAAGCUCCUCAUACAGUUGGAAGGUCCUUGUGGCUAUCCUGGUGUCUGCCAUCUCCAUCUCCGUUUUAAUUGCUUUGACAGCCAAAUUUAAGCUUGUGCACAAGUAUCUGGCAAGCUACAGACACUCCAGACUCAGCGAAGCAGAUGCGACAAGUCAGUGUGACCCUGGAAACUUUGAGGUGGGCUUCUCGAGUCAUGGUGGCCCAGGGACCCGUGCGACUGUGUCUACUGAUGACAUUGAAGAGGAUGAUGAUGGGUUUAUUGAAGAUAACUAUAUUCAAGCAAGCGAGAGUGAGAGAGCUGCAAGAGCAGCAGAACUUAAUGAGGAUGAUGAUGACGAUGAGGAAGAGGAGGAGGAGAUUGAAUUCACUAUUGGUUAGACUCAAUACAUGUAAUGUCAUUAAACACUUAAUUUAAACUUAAAUGUUAAUUAAGUUUGCAUUAACAAACAAUGAUCAUAUCGGUAAAUAAUGGCCAUUGAAAUAUACAGCGGCCCCAAAAACUUAAAUAGUGCUAAGCUACAGGCAGGCCUGUGAUAAAAGUAAAAAAGGCAACAAAAAAUGUUUUACUGAAAAAAUGUCUAUGCUCAUUUGUUUACAGAUUCCAUUUGGCUUAAAAUUUUAUUUAUAACGAAAUUAAAUGAUUUGUAAGUGUAGCUUAGUUUUUUUGGGCCACUUAUAUUUAAAACAAAUGAAUAACUAAAGAUUUAGUGGCUUUACAGAAAGCUUUAUGAUGUUUGUUAAAGGGAUAGUUCACCCCAAAAUAACAAUCCUUCUAUAUUGUUUAUUCACCCUCAUGUCAUUCAAAACCAGUAUGACUUGCAAAACACAAAAUGAGAUAUUCUGAAGAAUGUAAACAAACAACACUGGACUCCACUGACUUCCGCUGUAUAUGGACACAAAAGUACUAAAACAUUUCUAAAAAUAUCUUCUUUUGUGUUACAAAAAAGUUUCGUGUACAGGUUUUGAAUGACACGAGGGUAAAUAAACGACAGACUUUUUAUUUUGGGUGAACUAUCCAAUGUACUAAUGAAACUUAUUCUAAAAGGUUACUGAUCAUUGUUUAUUUGAAAUAAACAGUCAUUGUUUAGUAAAAGAGGUUAACAUUUAAUUUACUUAAAUCGGUUGUGCACUAUUAAUUGCAUUGUCAACCAUCUACAGCAAAUACUGUAAUGUAUUUUGUGCGCUUCACUCCAUUUCUCAA